CUUCCCUCACGAGGCUCUCAAACAAACCUCACGCGCCAGAGUCCCUCUCGUUAUCAGCAGCAGCACCGCCCCGUCGACUCGCCCUCCCGAGCAGCGGAGCACCGCUGUGGCGGAGUCCUUGCCGGGGACGAGCACCCGGGUAAACACGACAAAACACUGCUGUUUACAUGAAGGCAAGCUGAUUCUCGCCGGAAGGCUGCAACCAGGCUGGCUGCAGCUGAGCUUUUCAUGCUGUGCUGACAGUGAGGAAGACAGAUCCAGCUGAAGAAGGAGAAAGGAAGGAGGGGACAGCUGACUCCAUGUCUUCACCUUCAAAUAAAAGAUCUGGCUCUGGAUCGCGCAAAUUCAACCUGCUGAAGGCCCUACAGCCUAAGCACCGCUUGCAACAAAUGCUGUCAUCUCCCACUGCAUCCCCUGUUUUUGACUAUUGCAGGUUUAUAGAGCUAGACUACACACCCAUGGAGUCAGGCAUUAUGGUCUCUAUGAGACAGAGCAGAGGAUUUCUGACACCAAAGUCCCCGGAACACCACUGUCGACGGAGUCCAGCACCUGUCAGUAACCGUGAUCCCUAUGGAAAUGCCUCUAUCAGCAGCAGUAGCAAUUCAGGGUCAUGCAAGGGCAGUGACGGAAGCCCAACCCAUAGGCGUCACAUAAAAUACACCUCCUGCAAUGAUAACCAUGGUAUCCGGCCCCCUCCACCUGAGCAAUACCUUACCCCACUGCAACAGAAAGAGGUGUGUAUCAGACACCUCAGAGCACGGCUCAAAGAAAGCAUCGAAAGACUGCAGGACAGGGACACUGAGAUUGAUGAGUUGCGUACUCAGCUGUCUCGUAUGCAAGAAGAUUGGAUUGAAGAGGAGUGCCACCGCGUGGAGGCCCAGCUGACUCUGAAGGAGGCUCGCAGGGAGAUCCAGCAGCUUAAGCAGGUUGUCGAUGUUGUCAGAUCCAGUCUGGGAGACACCGACACUGGAGUGCAAAAGUGCUUCCAAGACAUAAACCUCCAGAACCACAAGCUGGAGUCUUUAUUGCAGAGCAUGGAGCUGGCUCAGAUCGGGACCCCCAAAACAGGAGAAACCCUGGCAGGUGGAGGGGUGGUGGGGGCAGGGCUGGAGGUCAGCGAGGGCCUGGCGGAGUCUUCCGAAGGCUCCCCAGCUCGCUCACUUACCCGCAGCUCUACCUACACCAAGCUAAGUGACCAGACUGGCCAGGAACGUGGCGGUAAUGAAAAUGGGUGUGACAUUCCAUGUUUGUCAGGUGAGGGUACGCAGGACAGCGGGUUUGUUUGCUGUGGAGAAAGUGGAAGAGGAGCAAGUAAGGCAGACCUGCUCCUGGAGGCUGCGUUUUUGUCUCAAGAGACAGCCUCGCUGCUCAAUGCGUACUCCCGCCUGCCACACUCCUCCACAUAUGAGGCACUGAGCAUCAGCGAGCCGAGAGUUGUGCCACUCCGCUGCAGUGGGAUCGGGACGGGGACCACUGUUAGUGUAAGUCAUCCAUGUCUGUCGCAUCAUCACCUAUACCUGCAUCACCUGCGUGAGCAAGGCAUUCAAACCGACUACGACCAUGACCCUGCUUCGGCCCCUGCCCAUGGUCCCAGUACAUCCUUUAACUCUGAUCUGGACACUAUUGCUGAGCACACCUUCCGCUCCCAGGCAUGCAGUCCGACAUCUACCUGGAUGUCUGAUGAGGGAGAUGAUCUGGAGUCAGUAGCCACAGAAUCAGCCAUUAUGGCAACAAUUGCCACAGCUUCUGUCAUCACAGACUUUUCCACUAAGUCUGCACCAGCUGUUGCAAUGGAGCCUUGGUCACCAACUGUAUCUGUUCCAAAAGGACCUGCGAAUUUAGCGUUGGAGUCCUCUGUCAAGGAGACAACUGUUUCAGAGCUCCUUACAGUCUUACCAAUCACCACAACAGCUUUGACCACGGAGACCAUUGGAUCCCAAGUAACCAACUCUGUUCAACCUCAACCUGUAACAGACCCUUUGCCAAACCCUUGCAACUCCCCUUGCUCCAUGCAGCCAUUGAUUGAGACUGAAGGAGAGCCCCUUGCACAGACCACUCAGCCUCGUAGUGUACUAACAGACGCUGGGGAUGAAGGGGAUCAUGUCAUAAAUAUAGGUGCAGAAGAUCAAGAUGAGGUUGACGAGAGUGCUACGAGCACAGAAUCCAUGUCGUCUGGCUGUGGUUUACCAGCAAAGAACUACUGGAGCCGGCACUUCCUAGUGGAUUUGCUUGCGGUGGUCGUGCCAGUGGUCCCCACAGUGGCGUGGCUCUGUCGGGGUCCACACCGUGUUGGUCAGCCAAUGUACCAUAUUGGUUCUCUCUUGCGAGGUUGCUGCACUGUGGCUCUCCAUUCCCUGCGUCGAGGAGGAGGCCUUCGGCACUACCCCGCAGGAGGAGGUGGUCCAGGGGGAAUGAGUAUAUGAGACCAGCUAUUCUCUCUGGAGAAGCCUUGAAGCCAGUGAUAUCACUGUUCUUCUGUCAGAUGUGCAAUUAGGGAAUGGUUAACACAUGUAAAAUGAAUUGAGGCAACCAGUGGAAGGAUAGUGUCUGAGCACAGCACCUUAAUACUGUGGUUCUCUAUGGUCUAUAUCCAAGACAAGAUAAGAAUGAGGAAGGGGAAUCACUAGCAUGUAUUUACACCUACAAAUGAGAUGCUAAUGAAGUUCAGGACUUCAAACGAGCUUUCACCUUUUUCCACAACUACUACCCUGAGUGAAGAUGCGAGAUGAUGUGUUCUGAAUGAUGGACUGACACAAUGACAUUAACUCAGCUUUGUGAGUGACACUAAAAGAUCCCCUUUAAUAGGAUUGUAUUACCCUUAUUUAGAGUGAAGAGACGCAAUAGGUGAUGGGAAAAAACUUGUCCUUUUGUGCGUCCCUCUUACUGUCACCGCAGAGGGUGUGUGUCUGUGUGUGUGUGUGUGUCUUGACUUUUCUGAGCGAGUGUUGUGUUGUGUUAAUGUACAGUGCAGCCAAAGUACCUGGAUUACUAAUGGCCAUCAUUGUUGUAGCCAUGAGUGCAGUAGUUAGCUGUCCCAUUACUCCUGCCUGUGUGGCAUAAGAGAAGAACAGUCAUCUUUCCCCCUUAAGGAGCCAGGCAAGCGCCUGCUGAGCUAUUUAUAUGCUUUGCAUAUACCACUAGUGUCCUAGAUAAAUGCUGUCACAAAAUGAUACUUGGUCCAUCUGGAGUAUUUUAGAUAAUGUAUUCUUUAUACUAGGCUCAAUUAUGUGGGGAAAGUUUGAUGGUUCAGAAAUACUCUGUAUAGUUGAAUGCUAAAUUGUGUAUUUAGGAAAAGGGUAAUGCAUUUUAAGUAAUAAUAUGAACAGUAAGAAAGAUUCAGCGUUUAGACAAUGAUCAGGGUUAAAUGACUUUAAUAGGGUCAUGGGAGCUUUUUCACCAGAAAUGAAUUUUAUGAUUUUGUUUCACUGCGAUUUUCACUGUGUGCCCAUCAAAAAACUGUCAUAGCCAGAUGUUUUUGGAUGAAAUACUAAUCUUUAAUAAUAGGUCUAAUUUUCAUGUUCACUGUUAGUCUAGGUUAUAUAAUUACAGCCGGAUGUGGUUGGCAACAGCUGGCAUGAGAGUUGCUAAAUAAGGAAACUGCUGAACUUAAUUUAGUAUUACACCCUGCUAAACAAGACUAUUAGUACUAAUGUUAUUAAAUGUUAGCUAAUAUUUUAUUUCCGAAAUACUAUGUGACAUAAUUCCACUAAAAAGAUCAAAGAAAGCAAAAAAUUUAUUUUGUAUUGAGUUACUUGCAGAAACAAAUUUUAAUUUAGAAUUGUCUGCUUUCAGCUUUUUCCAAACAUUUGGCAAUGAUUUCAUGUACCCUAUGAUGUUCAUGUUGACCAUUUAUUUGACUGACACUUAGGUGACGGGUGACAUUUAAUGACAUGUCGAUUGCACUAUAAUUCACUUUAUAAGCAAUUACUUGAAGUAUACUUGAUUGUGAGUUUCUGUCUGUCCAAAGGCCAAUGCAUACAUGUGGAUUGUGGUUCAGGGUUAGAUUUCACCAACACCACCAUUUCAAAAAAAUCAACAUCGAUUCAUAAAUUCAUGUGAAUAUUUAUGCGUUGUGUAUAUGUGACAGCUGGAUUGAUUUGCCAGUCAACAGUGUACCAGAUAAUCAGCCAGAUGAUCACUAUUGUAGUUAUUUGUGUCUCUCAUAUUGUCUUAUCUUCUGUCCCUCAAAAUCAUGAAUAACCGCUGCCUUUCUUUCUACCUCCUCCCUCUGAUAUUGUGUACGGUAUAAUGUGAUACAGGCUUUAUUUGUUGUCUAUUUGCGAAAUUCUCAUUUAAAUAAUUUACUGAUUUCUGUUGUGCCGAUUUGAUGUAGCGUCUGUAAGGUUUUUCAGCGCUUGAUAUUUAUUCUUUUAACUAGUUGACAAUCUUAAUUUGUGCUUAAUUUGUGUGGUCAGUGGGCAUAUAGUCUAGUCUCUGCACUUUUUCACCUCAUUCCAACUGAGCACUUAUCAAAUAACCUUACAAUCGAUUUAAAGAAAUUAAGGCAUAUAUGUUCCUGAUAUAUAUUUUUUUAAUUUUAAUUUCAUGUAUGUUGAAAUUAUGAAUGUGUGGCUUUCAGAUAGUUCUGUUUUUUUUUGGCUUAUCAGAAUAUGUAUCGGGAGGUUAAAUGAGAUUGUAAUCAAUUGUUACCCCAAGAACAGGAGGUUUCCUCCAAACUGCUACUGUCUGUCAAUGAAAUGUACGUAAAUAACUAUUACAUUAGUUAUUUGGCUGGAUAAAUGUUGUACGCUGAUAUAAAGCUUUGUAUACCUGUUGAAAUGACACACAAGGCCUUGAUAAGAUUUUCUUGAAUUUUUUGAAGCCAUAUUACAAGCAGAGAUGAGUAUGUUGGCCCUGUAUGCUGGUAAAUUUGAGUAAUAUUUCUAUUUUGUCGUGUAUUGUCAUAUCACAGUUUUUUCCAUUUUGUAUGAGUGUUUGCAAUUUAAUGUGAGAAUGCAUGUGUAUAUGAAUAUCAGUUCAUUUUUAUUUCUGCAUUUGGAUGGUAAUUAAUAAUCACAGAUUAUUUGCUUUAAAGCUUCCCAUCCUCCAUUAGGAUCUACAGAUCUCAAUACAUGUUAGUUUAUUAAUAAAGUCUUUAAUUAUUUUCUGAAGUUAGCAGGCUCUCCCUGAAUUGUGUCUGAACAUUUUAGCCAAGUGACAGGUUUUUCCUCCAUAUCCAGUUUUUAUAGCAUUUUUGGGGAGGAUUAAGAAAAACAUGUCCAAGUUUGAUGUCAAUGUCAACUGGCACAAUUUUUGUUUAGAAUG